UAUUGGUCAUCCCCUCCGUCCAAGAAUUGAAAACACAACACCAUAGUCGGUUAGCUUGAAUCCCACCUAUUUGUUUUAUGUUCAGUCCUAUCCUCUCUCUCAGGAAUAUGUCUACGUGGUAGUGCUGUCCCCAGGUGCGUCUCGCAAAGAAAAACAAUGAGUCGCUUUCUGAACGCGCUGCGCAGCUGGUUGUUGAUGGUGUCCCUCAUCGCGAUGGGAAACACCGUGCAGAGCUUCAGGGACCACAGUUUUCUGUCCGAGAAGCUCUACACAGGCACCCCGGAGUUUGUGAAUGGUCUCCAAGCUCGGACAUUUGGCAUUUGGACGAUGCUGUCGUCGAUCAUUCGCUGUUCCUGUGCCAUUGACAUCCAGAACAAAACGCUGUAUCACGUCACCUUAUGGACAUUUGUGCUGGCGUUGGGCCACUUCCUGUCUGAAGCCUUCAUUUACAAAACUGCUCCUCUGACUAUCGGGGUCAUGGCACCUCUCAUUGUGGCAAGUUUCUCCAUCAUAGGAAUGCUGAUUGGAUUCCAGUGCGUCCCAGAAUCACAACAGGAGGUCGGAGCAAGACAAAAGAAGCGUAACUGAAUUGUGGCCACCUCCAUUAUGACCACCAGACACUCGUGGAGUGGUCCGAGUGUGCUGCCUUUGGCCUUGAGGGGAAUGACAUCUUACAGAUAGUCAGGCUAUACUAGAACCAUCAAUAUGUGCCGGUUAAUGAUGAAUACAUUCUGAGGUGAUCAAUACAUUUAGUUCAUUUUGUAAUAUCUGAACUGUCAGUGCUGAAUGAUGCUCAUCCACACGUUUCCAAGCUCAAAGAUGAAUUCAGUGUCGAUUUCUUUGAGGAUGUUUUAUUUCUCCAGGCUACCACGUCCUAAACAAUUUUUUUAAUUCUUGAUCUACGAAAGAACUGAAAGGACUCAACAGUACACAAGUCCACUAUUCCUAUUAAACAGUUAUUUUAGUGAAAAUGUUUGUGUGCCUUUUGAAUUCAUACAGAAUUAUUGUCCUAUUAAAAAAAAAAUUAGUUUUGAUCUUGGACAUUUA